AUGACAAACUUCAAGAUCCAGAUCAUAUCCGACAGCGUCUGUCCUUGGUGCUAUGUCGGCUACCGACGCCUCUCUCGCGCAAUAAACACCCACAAAGCCAGCAAUCCAUCCGACACAUUUACACUUAACUGGCGCGCCUUCUACCUAAACCCAAAAUCUCCAACAUUCCCUGGCAUAAACAAGCAAGAAAUGUACGCCGAGAAGUUCGGAGCCGAGCGCUGCAAGGCCAUGUUCGCACGACUAGCUGCCGCGGGCGAGGGUGAUGGAAUUAUGUUCAAGUUUGGAGGAAAUACGGGAUCGACUCGGGAUUCUCAUCGGGUUAUUUGGUAUGCUGGUGAAGAGGAGGCUAAAGGUACUCAGCCAGGAGGUACUACAGGGACGGCUGUUGGAGGAUUGCAGACCCGGGUUGUCGAGAAUCUGUUCCGAGCCUAUUUCGAAGAGGAGAAAAACAUUACGGAUGCGAAGGUUUUGCUUGAGGCGGCUGUUCAGGCUGGGUUGGAUGGUGGGGAGGUGGCUAAGUUGCUUGAGUCUGGGGUUGGGGCGGAGCAGGUUGAUGCCGAGGCGUUUGCGGCAUCGAGGAGAUUGGUUUCUGGGGUUCCGCAUUUUACAGUGCAAGGGAAGUAUGUGGUUGAAGGGGCAGAUGAGCCAGAGACCUUCUUAGAAGUUUUUGAGCGGGUCAAGCUGGAUGAGUAG